CUUCCAGGAGAAGCGCACUUCUCACUCUUUGAGGAGCUCAUCAGUUGUAAGGAUGGAAGUGCACACUUCUCAUUUUUUGAGUACUGCUUGUCGAUCAUGAGGAUGGAAGUGCACACUUCUCUUUUUUUUUAGUACUUCUUGGUGAUAUGCAGUUCUUGGUUGUCAAACUUCCAUGUUUGAAGUGCCCACUUCUUGGUGCCAUCCAUUUUUUAAGUGCCCACUUCUUGGUGCCAUGCAGUUCUUACCUUCUAAAGUAGGAACCUGGCACCGAAAUUUUCACAUGACAAACACGCUCUUAAUCCCCUCCAAAUUUACAGUUGCACAAAUUUGAAUCGAGGACUAUUAAUUGUGCCUCUGCAAAUAUACAGUCUAAUGAGGUCUCAUCUGACGACCCCAAAACUUCCAUCGGAUUUAUUUACGUAGAAUGCUGUCUUUGGUCUUCAAGCACCUACGCCAAUUGCUGCCGUACUCAAACCCUCGUCUUCCUCUGCUCCACAGCCUUCAAAUACAUGCUUUCAACUCAGCCACACAAUCUGGGCUCGGUCAUUGCGGGGAUGAACACCAACUGCUUGCUGAAAUUCCUCAAAAGAAAUGUGGUUUCGUGGACGGUCUUGAUCACUCGUUAUGUGCGUAGUGGCGGCUAUUCUGAUGCAUUAUGGCUCUUCUCUCUCAUGCAAGUCUCUGGUGUGUCACCCAAUUCGUUCACGGGUGUUUGCCUUCUUUCGGCUUGCACUGGUUUGGGUGACAUUUGGCUUGGGCGAUGCGUACAUGGUGUCCUUCUCAAGAGCGGCAUCGAAGAAGUUCAUCCUUACGUGGGGACUUCUCUGAUUCACAUGUAUGCCAAGUGCUUUGAUAUUGAUGGCGCAUGUAGAGUGUUUCAUGCUAUGUCUGAACCUGGUUUUGUAACUUGGAAUGCAAUGCUUUCUGGACUUGUGCACAAUAGGCUUUUCCGAGACGCCCUGCGAUUCUUUUCUCAAGGAACAUGUGUUCCCAAUUCGGUAACCAUGCUUAUCAUGGCUUCUUUGUCUAAUGAACUUGAUUCCUUUGGGCUUUGUAGAUGCUUGCACGGCUUUGUGGUACAGAUUGGGCUAGAAAGAGACGUAUCUGUGAGCAAUUCACUGUUAGACAUGUAUACAAAUUUUGGAGAUAUUGAUACCGCUUGUUUAAUCUUUGAGAGGAUGGCUAUUAGAGAUUUGGUGACAUGGACCACGAUGAUGGGUGCGUAUGUACUGGCUGGCCAUGCCCUCGAAGCCUUGUAUCUCUUUCCUAAAGCUAAGGCCUCAGGAAUUGCACCUGAUGUUGUUUCCAUGGUCAAUUUGCUUGCAGCUUGUGGAAUCUUAGGUAAUUUAAAUUGUGUGAAGCUUAUCCACAGUCAGGUAAAUACGCAUGGAUUUGGUUUCUAUAUCCCUCUAGGGAAUUCACUAAUUGCAGCCUACUCUAAGUGCCGGGAUAUGGACUCUGCGAAAAUGGUAUUCAAUAUUAUGCAAGAAAAGAGCCUGGUUUCAUGGACUGCGAUGAUUUCUGGAUAUGUGCAUAAUGGCCAAGCAGCCGAAGCCUUGUGGGUUUUGCAUCAAAUGGUACAAACCAAAGAUGUGGAUUUGGACUCUGUAACACUCGCUAACGUGCUUGCUGCAUGUUCAGAUCUCGCGAGCCUAGAGCUUUGCAAACAACUCCAUGGCUUCUGCAUCAGGGGCGCCUUCUUGCUUGACCACUCUGUGCAUAAUGCUCUCAUAGCAACCUAUGCAAAAUGCGGAGAUGCAAGGCAUGCGAAUAUAGUGUUUGAUGAGAUAAGUGGUAUAGACACAGUGUCAUUGAACACCAUCAUCUCAGGACUUGGAAUUAACGGUCAUGGAGAAGCCGCCAUCACCAUGUUCAAGGCAAUGCUACAUGACAUGAACGCCAAACCUGACAUAAUCACAUACCUCAGUGUGCUAGCAGCUUGUAGUCAUUCAGGCUUGGUGAAAGAGGGUCUCAUGAUUUUUGGCCGAAUGAUUCAGGUGCUUGAGCCAAAUUCAGAGCACUGUGCGUGCAUUGUGGAUAUGUUGGCACGAGCAGGUCAGUUAGGUGAAGCAAGAGAGAUUAUGUAUGGGAUAUCAGGUGAGCCUAGUUUGAGUGCAUGGGGUGCAUUGCUUGGUGGUUGUAGGCUAAGUGGAGAGGUAGGGCUGGCCCAAUUUGUGGGUGAACAAUUGUUAGAGUUACGUGUGGAUGAUGAUGAUGAUGUUUGUGGGCAUGUUGUGGUUCUAUGCAAUGUAUAUGCGAGUGCAGGGAUGUUUGAGGAGGCUGAGAGGUUGAGGAAGAAACUGAAGGAGAGAGGGUUGGCUAAAAGUCCAGGUCGCAGCCUCAUUUGUUGCACACCCACCUUUGGAGUUGCAAUGAGAACAAGGGCCCCAUCACAAACAACUCAGUGGAACAUGGAGAAUGUCACUGGUUUUGGAUCACAGGAAAUUUAAUAGCAAUCUUAAAUAACAGAGGGAGAGUAGUAUAGUUCUGGACCAGGAGAGAGGUUGCAAUGGUUAGAAAUGUAGGAGACUUGAGGGAGAGGAAUGUCCUUCAGAAAAAAAGAGCAUGCGAGGGUGAUGCCUUCCAAAUAAAAAAGAUAUGACAUUUGUUUGUCUCCUGAUCUCCUUGUUCACAAUUAAUUAAAUUACCAUUCACGCAGCAAAAUACAGGUCUAUAUGCUCAUUUGCCUGGCAUGGAACAAGGAUACUGAAAUUCUUAAGAGGUUGAUGUUCUAUGGGUAAUUGGAAAGGAGUGUAAUGUGAAGCUUUAGGGCUCACCAUGAUUGCCUAGAGCCUCUCUUUUACAAGCUUUUUUUGUGGCCAAUUGCACAGAGAUAUAGAGAUGGGUUACGAGCCCCAUGGUCUCAAAUUUCUUUCCGGUAAUCCCAAUGAUGGCAUCUUCUUCGGGGAUUUGCUUCUAGAUAUUCUGGCGAACCAAGUGCAGCAGCCAGGAGGAGAAGAGGACAACACUUUCCUAUACAUACAAGAGGGCCACUUCGCAAAAGAUGUCUGGGAGGGAGUGGAGGGGGCCCAUAUAUAUGUCGAUGAGGCAUUCGCACAGCCGGAUAAAUGGCCAUUGACUAUAGAGACACAGCACCUUGGUUAACCGAGUGGGUUUGGGAUCUUUGGUGGAUCUUUGACUAGGCAAGAUCUAUCACUCAUUGAUUAUCACCUUCAUAAAAAGCACACCAAGACAAAACUGCUGCCUUCCCAUGAGCAUUGGCAAGAUGACACCCACAUUGUACGACAUUUGGAUGAUUCUACGGCUAAAUGUGACGAGAGAGCCUGUCACAAUUGGACAUUUGCCAGCCCAUCAUACUUAACACCGGCCAAAGGUUGGGAGGUCGAGAGGAGACAAACUUUUCACUUAAUUGCAGAUGUCUGAAGGAGAGAUUUGAUCGAUUACCAUGGAACCAUACUGUAGAGGACCUCCACCGCUACACGAAGGCCUAUUUGUUAUGCCUCUAUCAUUGAACCACUCUCUAUUUGAUAAAAUAAAUGGCGGUUUGCAGGUUGUACCUUCAGUCUGCUUUGAAAUUCAAACAAAUGGUUGCUCAAAGCGGAAUACUUGCAAGCUGUUUUUAUUUUUCAGAGAAUGCAGUUCGAAGGUUGCACUUUGAAGCAGCAUUCUGUUUUUUCAAAACAAUUCGAGAACUCUAUAAUUGAACACUUUCUGUUUAAAAACCAAUAGGCGUUCAAAAGUUGCACUUUUGGACCGUUUUGAAAUUCAUUCAAGAAGUGGUUCGAAGUUGUGACUUCGAAGCGCUGUUGUCUUUUACAUAAUGCAGUUCAAAGGUCGCACUCUCUGACGACAUCCUUCUAUAAAAAAAGAAAAGAAAAAAAAAAGCAGUUUGCAAAACUUUUUAAAUAAAUCUUUUCAACAUGAAAAAAAUUAUUUUCGUUUAAUUUCAAGCUACACAUAAGUGUAUCAGAUUGAGUACAACAUGACUAUUUUUUUUCUUAGGAAAAAGGAUCAGAACAAACACAGAUUCCAUGUUAAGAACUGCUUUGGAUUGAUGGCCUGGGCGCACUAUCUUGGGCAGAUGACUCUGGUCUCCUAACAUCAAUUAGUACUUUACAUGCCCUUCUAUUGUAUCUUAUAGUAGAAAGCCCUAUUGUCUUCGAUCUUUGUUCACGUGCAUUGCUUUUUAGGUCAACUGACGCUUUGCCCUGGCUGUGGAGGUAGCACUGCCUUGUUGAACGCUCCAGUCAACAAUACAUCAUUUGGAACAAGCUUAAAGCUGGCCACAUAUGAGCUAUCGAAGUAAUCGAAAGCAAAUUAAGGUCGGCAAAUAUAUGUGACUUAGACACAACUGUGGCUUAUAGCUGCAACUGUGUGACUACAUGACAAUCCACUAUUCUAUUAUUCAGGUGCAUGUGAAAUUCUCGACAUCAACAGCAUAUUUCUUGUCAUCAUGGAUCUUGUCCUAGUACACUGCUCCAGGUAUUCGCUUUUUGUAUUUUCUCUGAAAAUCUUUUCAUAAAUUAUUCUGAUGCAUUCAAAUAGCACAAUAUGGGCUUGUCCCCCGCACUGAGUAUCCAUUUUUUGAAACACUCGGUGAUGUUGGAGGUAAAAUGAUUGUAUCUUGCCCUUGGGAAAUAGUUGUUGCCCAAUGUUCCAUGGAUUUUGCAUAAUCCAUUGGUAUGCAUCCGCGUCAACCUACGGCAUUUCUAGCAUCACCACCUCGAAAUCUUCAGUGGUCAAAGCACAUGCAGUGUCCUAGAAUAUCCGUGUGAAUGGUGAUAUCUUCCAACACCUCUUGAAAUUUUUAUCUUCCAACACCUCUUGAAAUUUUAAGUCAGAUGGCGCAUAUGAUACCCCUAAUAUUGUGAAACACUUGUGCGAAUGCAUGUCGUAACCCUUUAUGGCGGUCUAAUACAAUAGGCAAUCAAGCCCGAUCAAGUCAUUGGUCUAACAAUUAUGAAUGCUUCUUGGAAGAUGUCACCAUCAGCAUCUACACCAACUUCAAACCAAAUGAAGGUUUUUGAAAUUUUUAAAUUUGAUGCAGCUUGAAGUUUGCAACUUCAAACCACUUUGAACUUUAGUAUUUGGCUAUUUGAAAGCGUUUCUCUCAAGCCGCCUGAAAUUGUAUAGAAACUGAUUUGAUAUUCGGAAUUUUUGACCGCUUAAACUUGAGUUUUGGGAACAAUCUGAUAUUCGCAAUUUCAAACCGUUCUACACUUUGGACUUGAGACAUAAUUGCAAACGCCCAGCCCAGGCUCCCCUUUGGCCCACCCACCACAAAACCGCUUCAAACUGAACUUCAGAGGAUGUUCCCUCGGUAAUCCAGGUUCGUCCAGUGUGGGAGCCAUAAUAAGGGACCAUUUCGGCACCACAAUAGCUUCUUCCUCCACCUACAUCGGCCACACCAAUUCGGUGGAAGCCGAGGCCUAUGCUGUCCUGUAAGGACUAAAGCUGCGGCAAACACUUAGCCUGAACUUUAUCUUGAUUGAGGGAGACUCACACAACACCAUUAUGUGCGCCCAAAGAAUCCCCUCUUUACUCCAACCCCGGACCCAAGCAUACGUAUUUGAUCAGAUUCAUUACUUGUGCAAGGAUAUGGACGUCUCAUACCUGGAGGGAGGGAGGGCAAACAAGAAGCAGACGCCCUAGCUAAAGAAGCGGCUUUAAGGGAGGAAUUUUAGAAGCUUUCAUGUUUGACUUGCUGGAUUUUUUGGACCCUUUUCUUUAUUUUCUUGGUUGUUGUUUCUACAUUGUAACGUUCUUAAAGAAGGCUUUUGGUUUUCCUUUUUCGGUUUUCUUCUCCUAGAGCAUCCUACUUUGUCAUUUGCCUAGGCCUUUUGUACUCUUGCACUUUCUUAAUUUAAGGUUAACAUUCUCCAAAAAAAAAAAA